AUGUUAUCCCAACCAUCCAGGCUGUUUCCAUACGCCGUAUACACGAAGCAGAAUGUGAUGUUUGCACUGUUGUUAAUGGUCACUCUGGCGAUAGAAAUUCUAGCAGUGUCUACAUUGACUCACUCCGGAAGUCUUCCAGAUUUGGACCGAGCCGAAUCAUUCUCGAGCGACUCCGUGGGGGUGCAAACGAUAAUCCAUGCUCCUCAAGAACUUUCAAGCCACGGCAAAGGUGAUACUCUCCAGAGGGAUCAGGAUCAAGUUAGGGCCACACUCAAUAGCUUACAGUCUAAGACCUUAUCCGAGCUCAGAAAGAAUGAUCUCAAGUUAUUUUUUUUCGAUGGUCCAAGCGGAACGCAGCAGAUGCAACGAUUGAAAGACACGCAAGAAGUAAUAGACAGUAUGUCCCGGGGGAAGAGUUCGCUGGCCUAUAUAAAAGUGGGACACUUUGGUAAUCAACACAAUGAUGAAGAAACUGAGUACAGGUUACAUGCUCUACGAGGUCGCUUGUCAGAUAUAUUCGACAAGCGAAAGACAAAUCCAGAUGACUACGUUUGGAGCCAACAUGUUUCAUCUAGGCUUGGCCCCAAUCCCAAUGCCCAAAAAAUCUGGAACGACAUCAUGAAAUCAGAGCUGGAGGUACAACAAUUCAAGAAGAAGAGUCAAGGGUUUUUUGGAAAGUUCUAUUCGAUCUGGAAGUAUCUGUUUGAUAAUCAGACCUGGCAGGAGCAAACUUUCCGGCAAUCACUGCGAAGGAUCCGGAUCGAGCUUCAAAAAAGGCAACCAACGCGUCAAGAGCGUGCAAUCUUGCAGCUUGAGAAAAUUCAAGCAGCCGGCUUUUCUAUCACCAAGAAAGAGCAACAACUGGCAGAAAAACUCUCAAAAUUCUCUCGCGUUGCGAGUAGUAUGAAUUCACCAGUGGACAAGCGACUUUCGACCAACGAAGAUAAAUUAUUGAAAGAAAUCAGUCGUCGUACCAUCGCAGUCAGGAGAAACGAGCAGGCUAGUGAACUUGUCAGAAAGCUCAAAAAUACCCCAAAAGGAGUGGAGUUGUUUCGGGAUAGUCCACAAGAUCUUGAGCUCAUAGCCAGUGCGCUCAAGGAAUUAGCAAGCAAGGAACAGGAAGGGAAGGUCUGGACACCGACCGAAACAUAUUUUCUAGCGGCCCUGAAGAUAGAAAGCAAAGGGUUAGGAAAGAAGAAAAGCAACCUUGAUCAAAUUCUGGCUGCUCUCAAAAAACAAAAGGCUUACGAUGUUUUGCAUGAGGCCAGAGCUCAUAUUCACGAGAAUGUCGAAGAGGCACUGAAGAUGGAGAAACUGGAAGCGAAGCUAAUUGCACGCUCUAAGGUUACUGAUGAAGACAUAGCCGAGGUAGCCAAGCUAGCAAAACAGUAUUACCGAUUGAAAAAACUGGCAGACACUCCCCUGCAUCUCGAUGUAAUCCGCGUUGCAAGGAAUGAAGCUCUUUCCCAGGAAGAACGGGCGAUCCGAUUACUGGAAGAUACAAAAGCACACACUGAACUACACGAAAGUCAAGCGAAGCUGUUACACAAGUUGAAGCAGGGCAGCCCUCUCGUUGAUAUUCCAGAGGAGGGGAAGAAAUGGGUUCGACAUCUUGUGAAGAGCCUCACAACACAUUCCCCGAUUCAACUUGAUAAGGCUCAAGAAUUCGAAAAGGCACUACACGGAACACAAGAGUGGAUGUCCAUUCAGCAUGCGCAUAAAUCUACCAAAGCCCGGUUCUAUGACGAGGUCGUGCGCUCAAGACCCGCCAUCGAAUGGUGGAUUGAGAAAUCUUCGAAGAGCAGUCCGGCGCCCAAAGACUAUGAGAAACAUCUCACUUUUACUGAGAGAUGUCAGGUUUUGGUGCUCUCUAAAGUUUUCCGACCGAACCAAUACCUUCCCAGCUUAGAAGAUUUAGCGCUUGAACGUCUAGAAGCCCUUUCCAAACUCAGACAUUUGACCAUACAAGAGGGGAAGCUUUGUAUUAGGUUGAGGGACCCGGAAAAGGGAUCUGAAAUGAUAAAUACACCCGACGCCAAAAAGAUGAUCCAAAACUUGGCAACCGAAGCAAACGUGGUCAGAAUCUGCAAACCCACACCUGAAGAUCAGAAACUGGUACUACGACUAGCUCAGAAUGUCAACAUAGGGUUCCUGCCUGACAAUGCCUGGCAGAAGCUGCACUAUCUUUUCCUGGAUGAACUCGAAGAACUCGGCCAUCUGAUGUCACUCAAGGAUACUGACAAUAAAUUUAAGGAUGCAACUAAGUUUUCCCAAAUAAUGGCGUUGCUUAUGAAAGCCUCGGAUCGGAUGAACCUUGAUCCGCACCUGACAGCCAGUGAUGAUGUGACAAACUUCCUCAUAUGGGACGCCCAAAAAGAACGGAUUGCUCCUCCGCCAGAAAGAAGGUACAUCGACCACUUGCACGCCAUUCUAGAUGCCAGAGGGAAAUCCAAAAGAAAAUGA